GCCACUUGCUCUCAUUCCUCUAUUCCUUGGAUCACUCCUGGCAGCCAUGUCCCGCCAGUGCACUGUGAGGAGCCAGGCCAGAAGGAACUUCAGCACUGCUUCUGCCUGCAUCCCAAAUGCCAGCAGCUCCAGCCUCUGCCUGCACCCUGCACUCCAAGCUGGGAGCUGCGGGGCCACCACUGGCUAUGGAAGGUUCACUGGAGGGUUUGGAAGCAGGAGCCUCUACAACCUUGGUGAAUGCCAGAGGAUGUCCAUGGCUGGAAGAGGUGGCGUCUCCUACGGACCUGCAGGUUUUGGUGCUGGCAAUGGGAUCUCCUAUGGGUUUGGUGGGGCAGCUGCUGGUAUGUUUGGGUUUGGUGGUGGCCCUGGAUUCCCUGCUGUCCCAGCUGGGGGCAUCCAUGAAGUCUCCAUCAAUCAGAGCCUUCUGAAGCCACUCAACCUGGAGAUUGACCCCUAUAUCCAGAGUAUCCGUAAGAAUGAGAAGGAUCAGAUUAAAACCCUCAACAACAAAUUCGCCUCCUUCAUUGACAAGGUCCGAUUCCUUGAACAGCAGAACAAGGUCCUGGAGACCAAGUGGGCUCUUCUGCAAGAACAGGGGAACAAAACAGUGAGAAAGAACAUUGAGCCCCUCUUUGAGACCUACCUGAACAACCUCAGGAGGCACCUGAGCAGCCUAACGACAGACAAGGAGAACCUGCGAGGGGAGCUGAGCAAGAUGCAGACCAUUGCUGAGGACUUCAAGAACAAAUAUGAAGACGAGAUCAACAAGCGCACGGACGUCGAGAAUGAGUUUGUGACCCUGAAGAAGGAGGUGGACACUGCCUACCUGGACAAGACAGAGCUGGAGGCCAGGCUGAAUUCACUCACAGAAGAGAUUGACUUCCUCAGAGCCCUCUACGAAGCUGAACUGUCCCAGAUUCAGAGCCAGAUCUCUGACACCUCUGUUAUCCUGACCAUGGAUAACAACCGGAGCCUUGACAUGGACAGCAUCAUCGCCGAGGUCAAGGCGCAGUAUGAGGACAUCGCCAACCGCAGCCGCGCCGAGGCCGAGUCCUGGUACCAAUCCAGGUACGAGGAGCUGCAGGCCAUGGCUGGCAGGCAUGGGGACGACCUCCGGAACACCAAGCAGGAGAUCUCGGAGCUCAACCGCCACAUCCAGCGGGUCCGAUCUGAGAUUGACAGCGUGAAAAAACAGGUCACUGGGUUGCAAACAGCCAUCACUGAUGCAGAACAGCGUGGGGAGCUGACCCUCAAGGACGCCAGGACCAAGCUGCAGGAUCUGGAGACAGCCAUGCAGAAAGCCAAGGCUGACCUGGCCCAGCAGAUCCGGGAAUAUCAGGAGCUCAUGAACGUCAAACUGGCCCUGGACAUCGAGAUUGCGACCUACAGGAAGCUGCUGGAGGGCGAGGAGUGCAGGCUCUCUGGGGAAGGUGCUGGCUCAGUGAACAUCUCUGUGACCAGAAGCUCUUCAGGAACGGGAUAUGGAAGCAUGAACUGCCUGAGCCCCAGUGGUGAGGCUGGAGGUCUGGUCUGUGCUGGAAUGGGAAUAGGCUCCAUCUCCGGAAGUGGAUAUGGCCCAGGUGGCUCUUGCAUGGUUGGAGGUGGCAGCUCCAGCUUCAGGUCCAUCUCCACCGGCUCUUCCACCAGGAGAUGUUACUGAGGACCUGACUGCAGGCCCGAGUGCCAGCAGUGCCAAGGCUUCUCUUGAGCCCACUCCUCAUCCAGCUCCUUCAAAAGAUUUGAAAAUCAAACCCAUGUGUCAUUAGUUAUAUAAAAAAUGCUGUACUCCUGUUUGUCCUUUGACCCUCAACAUUCUUUUCCCAGUGUUUGUCUAAUAAAAGGCAUGUGGAAUUAA